UUUUCUGCUACCCUUGAAUAUGAGCAGUUCUGUGUCAUCGAAUAACGGAAGAAAAGUGCGUUUUACCCUUCCUGGUCAGGAAUUUGUAUUUGAUCCACCAAAAAUUGUUUCACCACGUAACAAAGUCAUCCACGGCACGCGGCAGUACAUCAACGGUACACUUCAGUCCACGAAAUUUGGCACUGUGCCCGAACCUGCGAAUCCCAAGAGGGAACUACAGCCACUUCCACCACGAGAACCUCUGCCAGAACCAAAACCCGUCCAGAAGACUAAGCUGCGAAUUGAAUUACCCCCACAAGCAUCGACAAAACCCGAUUCAGUGAGGCAUAAGCUAAUUGUGGGACUCGAUAGUCUCAAGAUUGAUCCUGGAGUUGGCAAGAAAACAGACCCCAUUGCUGAGAGAUUGACCAAAUUAAGUAUUGUUACGCCAAAAUUCGUUGCAAAGGAACCCGUGAGGCAGUCGAGAGAAUUUCCAGAUAUUCAUCAUAAAUUCACAAGCUUAGAGACACUCACACCCGUUCGUGUGGGUGGAAUUCAAGUGCGUGAUCAUCUAAAGGACACCGCAAGGGAUACAGGGGGAACUGCAAAAAUUCCCGGAAGUGAGGAUUUACAGAGAUUCCCCCGGAGGCAGGUGAAUUCUGCCGUGAGAUCUGUGAAAAUCACACAAAAAGUCUCGAGGCAGAGUGUUAUAGCUUCCCAUCAGGUAUCACCGUUGAAGAAUAGACAGGGCAAGGGUGCCCCUAAUAAAUCUUUCCAAAUCAUCGAUACACGAUUCCCGGGAUAUAAUUUACAAUCAACAAAUUUCAAUUCAAAUACGGACAAUUUGAAAAAUCGCCCAAGUCUACCCACUGUGGAGGUCACGGGGAUUUCGCCACGGCAGACGGAUUGUGAGGAAUUGAAUGGAGGGAAUUUGGGUGUGAAUGUGGAGUGCAACAGGAAAUUACUGCGUGUACCUGAAUUGAGUGAUAUAUCGGAAAAUAUCUACGAUUCAUCUGUGGCGGGAAGUGGUUUGAAGAGUGGGAAUGAACCAUCUCUGAGCCACCGUGAGAACGUGGCUCAAUUCUGGGAUUUUGUGCAGAGAUGGCGGGGUAUACGACUGAAGAAAUUUUCCAAUUUAAAUCGCCAGUCGUCGGCAGUUUCUGUUCAGCGCUCAGUUAAAACGGUCGAAAAGAGAGCUCAAGUGACGUCACGUCUGAGAACACUUAGGAUGAAUUUGGAGCAAGUGCCAAUGGUUAGCACACUCCUCAGAGCGGCCAGAGAUGCUAAUGAGCUCCUACUAAAGGAGGCUCUCCGGGAUAUUCUGAUAAAUGGCGUCACCAAGGAGGAUCUCAAUUCAACUGAUAAGAGUGGCAGGACAGCCAUCUCCUACAUAUGCUCAACAAAUUUGACACAUUUUUUGGAUAUUUUCCUUCAAUUGCCUGGAAUUGAUAUCAAUAAGCCCGACAAUGAAGGGAAUACUCCACUACAUUUUGCAGCACAAGCUGGUCAAGUCGACGUGGUGAACAUGCUGUUGUCAAGAAGUCGCAGUAUUGUUGUGGAUGCAAAGAACAACUUGGGUUUCACACCACUCAUGAAGGCUGCCCUUCAGGGUCGUACAAAAUGUGCAAAGCUCCUGCUCUUUGCUGGAGCUUCACCUGUUGAAACGGAUUCCGGACGGGGUAUGCGACCGGAGCAAUGGGCAAAAUUCUGCGGGAGGUACUCGUGCGCAGAGAUGAUUGAGAAGUGCGCCAGAUCGCGUCUGCUGGAAAAGACAAGCUCCUGUAAGUGGUCAAAUGACUCACUAGCUUUGGACAAACCUGCCGUCUCCCGAAGUAGAACAAAUCCCAGUCAGCAACAAAGUGGUGGAAUUCGUUCAAAGUUCCGCAAAGUCUUUCCAUUUACCCUCUCAUUUCGUGAUAAGCAGUUCAAGGAAGAUCCGAGUGCGGGAACGGAGAUUGUGCAGUAUCUCUCAGCGGCAGCUCUCUGUGCCAGUGGUCCAGUUGUUCUUCCGGCAAAUGGUAAUUCAAAGAUCAUCAAAAGCAUCAUAAGACCACUAGAAGUGCCAAAAUUGGAGGUGACUUUGGCCAAUAAUAUGUCGCUAAUAAGAAAAUAUGAGAAUUCAAGCUUCUCCGAAGAUACGGAAUCCGUUGAGAGUGCAGCUCAUCAACCGCCAACGCCACGUGGGAAGAAGUGAGAACAGCCACCGGCGGGUGCUUGUCUCAACUUUCGGCGGGGAUUUUCUUUCGUUUCUUUUUGUAUUUUUAGAGAGAUUUCUUACACACAUAAUUUCUUUACAUUUAGCUCUUUUCUAUGGAAAGUUCAGUAUUUUAAUUUAUAUAAAUAUAUUAUUCAUCGCCAUUCGCCUUACACGGAUCUUCCUCACGAGUUUACAACACUAUAAAGGACUCUGUGGUGGAAUUUAUCAAGGAUAUUUGAGAAAAAUGACAAGAUUUAUGUUCUUCCCUCUAUCGUUCUUCUUCCUCUCUUUUUUAUAUAUAUAAAACAAACGUGCUCAAUGUAGAUUUAUAAUAGAAAAAAAACUUAUUUUA